GCAAAUCCAUUAGUACCCUCCAAACGACAACCUUAAUUUAAUUAAAUUAGAUCCAUUUUAUUGUUUCAAAGUUUCAAUUGAAGUUAGUCGUAUGAGUUUGGGAGGAUGCUGUGUUUGGGUCGAGUUGCUGCGAUCUCAUACUCAAUAAAUUCGUUUAAAUUGUGCGAUUCUCGUUGCAGGGGCAACAGAUUCAUCCAUGUAAACACCCCAAGAUGGCGAUUGAUGGCUUUAGAAUCCGACUCUUCUUUUGCUGCACCCUCUCUCGAUUCUGAUGCUACCGACAAAAACGCUUCUGCUGGAUUCUGCAUCAUAGAAGGGCCAGAAACAGUGCAAGAUUUUGCCAAGAUGGAACUUCAAGAAAUUCAGGAUAACAUUCGAAGUCGGAGGAACAAAAUUUUUUUACAUAUGGAAGAGGUUCGUAGGCUUAGGAUACAGCAAAGGAUUAAAAAUGCUGAAAUUGGAUUUUCAAAAGAAGAGCAAGAUAAUGAGCUUCCUAACUUCCCAUCAUUCAUUCCAUUCUUGCCUCCUUUGAGUUCAGCAAACCUCAAGCAAUAUUAUGCAACCUGUUUUUCUCUUAUCGCCGGGAUAAUUCUUUUUGGUGGUCUCCUUGCACCCAGUUUGGAGCUUAAACUUGGAAUAGGGGGUACAUCUUAUGCAGAUUUUAUUCAAAAUGUCCAUCUGCCUAUGCAGUUGAGUCAGGUUGAUCCCAUAGUGGCAUCAUUCUCUGGAGGAGCAGUUGGAGUAAUCUCAGCAUUAAUGGUUGUUGAGAUAAACAAUGUAAAACUGCAGGAGCAGAAAAGGUGCAAAUAUUGUCUUGGUACUGGAUAUCUUGCAUGUGCUCGCUGUUCAAGCACAGGAGCACUAGUUCUGAUUGAACCAGUAUCCACAGUCAAUGGUGGUGAUCGGCCUCUCUCACCACCAAAAACUGAGAGAUGUUCAAAUUGCUCUGGAUCUGGCAAGGUUAUGUGUCCAACAUGUCUUUGCACUGGAAUGGCCAUGGCAAGCGAACAUGAUCCACGAAUUGAUCCUUUUGAUUAGAGAUUUAAUAUAGAUAGUUAUCCAAAGCAGGCAAUUGGAAAUGUAUAAUUUGUGCGGUACAUGUUUACGUGGUGGAAUAAUGGAAUUUUUGUAAAUAUGUAUAAAUACGUAAUAUGAAAAAGAAAGCGCUUAAGAAUAUGAAGACAGUUUCCCUUUAUUUUUGAGAAUUGAAAAU